AUGCACAGGAGCUCAACCGCCGGCAAUUGGGUCGACUUGGUUGCCAGCAGAGUCCGAAAGCGACUGAUACCCUUUGUCCUCCUCGCUGCACUCCUCUUGCUCGUCCUGUGGAGCUACAGCGAUACCCGAGUCCAGCUAGCGGCACAAGCUCAAAAGCAGCGCUUCUUGGGUAGCCUCGGUCAUCACCCGUCCGACAAAAAGUUCGGCGAGCAACAAGAUGACUUGGGCUCUGAUGAGCUGUUAUCAGAUCAAAGUGACGCCGAGCCUGCUCUUCAUCGUCAAUUGAAUGACGAGCUCCUCAACGAGGCACAGGCAAAACGGCCAAUAUCACCUGCCAAGCCGCCUGUAGCUCCUGCUAUCGACGAAAGCAAGCAUACCGAGCCAGAAUCAACGAGCAAGUCACUCGACGAUAUCAAGCCAGACGAUGAAGCGCGAGAAUUUGCAUCUCACUUCUUCCCUCCGCCUCCACUGAGCGCAGGUCGAGAGUCCGAGUGGAAGGAGAAGCGAAGACGAGACUUGGCCAUUGCCUACCAUUGCGUCAUCAACGCCGACCAGUGUCCUGCCCACGCCAAAAAGGUCGUCCUUUGUGGGGCAGGACGCUUCCGAUGGGCACUCGAUGGCACAUUUGAGCGCCCUUCUGCUUUCGCAAACGGCGAGGCUAUUUUGGCAAAGUCGUUCAUGUACGCGAUGGAUCAGGGAGGCUACCCGUUCAUCUAUCUGGACGAAGGCGAGAUGGGCAAGAUCGAUGAGAUUGUGCAAAAGAUCUCUACGCUAUACAAGAUCCUAGGCGAACAUGUCAGAGCGGUCAUCUUCGAUUACACUGGCGAACGGGAAUGCAUGCUGAAAAACGCGCGCUGCUUACUGUCUGAUACGAACGAGGACGGGAUACCCAAAUGGAAGAUGUUCGCAUGGGACGCAAUGGGAUCGAUCUUGCCCGAUUACGAGACCGUCUCUCGAUGGAAGUGGCAUCUCACAGGCAUCCCCGUUGCCGAAGCUACAUGGCUGGGCAUUACGCUGUCCAAGGACUGCAGCAUGUUCCCUUACGUACCUUUUGCGGAUCGGUCGCACAAGGCAUACGUGCUUGGCAAAGAGCGUCGCUACUUUCUCGAAUCCAAGUGCUCCUGGCAGCCAGAGGACUUCAAAACGGUCGUCGAUGCUACCGGCCUCAAGCUCGUCGCAGGCGUCAAAGAGGCAAAGGAAGGCGAAGAGCCAUUGCCAGACUCGAUCGAGAAUCUCGGCCCUGCUACUCGUGCAGGGUUCAUCGAAGCUCUUGGUACCGCAAAGGUCGUCAUUGGUGUCGGCGGACCUACAGAAUCACCGUCACCGCUCGAAGCUAUCUGCAUGGGCACACCGUUUAUCAAUCCUGGUCUACCUGUCAAUGGCGGCCAUGGAACCGAAUGGGAUGGCGAUUUCGUUCACUGGAAAGCACAGGCGAGUCUAUUGCAUCACAAGUUCCUGCUGCACUAUGGUCCGCCUUAUGUCUACAAUGUCCUCGCGAAGAAGGGCACGGCGCUACUCGAAGCAGUACAAUCAGCAUUGGCCAAUCCUAUGACGGAGCCCUAUCUCCCGCCAGAACUGUCGGACGAGCAAUACCUUGGCCGAGUCGACGCAUUGCUGAACGACGACUGGCAAGCCUUGUACGAAUCAAAGAUUGCCGGUGGCGAAUUCUUUGAACCAUAGCAAAUUUCAUUUUAGCACGAGGACGCAUAAUCAUAGAGCAAGCACAUACACAUGUCAAGAACAGUAAUUCGAAUUUGUUGUGGGUGGGGCCGUGCAAGCAUAACGAUCAUAUGUCGCCAGUAAUCGCAGCUCGUCGUGGUGAAGUCGUGACUAGUGAAGCAGAACGCAAGCUGACAUGCUCCAGCGCGCUCGUUAGCGGGCCGACCGAGCUCGCUACUUCGAACCCUAGCUUUCUGAAUACGCUGAGCACAUUUGUCUUGUUGACCGGCUUGGCAACAACGGCACUGAAGAUGGUCCCUUCUUCAGACAACGGGUCGCCUUCUGGCAUGUCGCUAUAGCUCGUCACAGCGACAAUGGGCGUAUCCUGAUUGGGGUUACGUGUGGAUUU